GAAACCUCUAGAGAAGAAAAAAUGAUGCGUUAGUGCAGGAUCAUACGUGAUCUAUGCCAGAUAUCAUAUGACCCCCCAGUGAGGCUGAAAAGGCAAUGAGAAGACAAGGAAGUUGAAUCAAGUCAACGAAUCAAGUGGCAGAAGUAUGAAAUCAUUGUGGAUGUUAGCAAGGCUACAACUGCACCGGGCUGCAUAUAUCUCGACAUAGCGCAUUUGGAUACGACAUGGCAGCUAGACAGUCCAAGAUAUUUUGUUAUUUUUUUUGAUUAAUGUAUUGAUUAAAGAUACAGCAUUGGCCGUAUACUUGCUGUUUUGAAAUCCAUGCAAUUAUUUAAUCUUUCACAUUACUUAAACUUUCAUCAGUAGGAUUUAGAUCUUACUCGUAACUGUAGCCAAUAACACUUGCGCACCUUUCUGGAAAUGUUUUUGGAUGGGGGGAAACGUGUCGCCAGAAUUAAGUAAAAAUGGACAUUUCGAAUAGUCUGCGAUGGUAAACGGGGAAUGUGCAACGACCAUGCAUCGAAUUCUGCAGAGGAGAAAAGUACGCAAACUUCGCUUUGUGUGGGCAUUUAUGGCCAUGGUGGCUCUGUCGCUCGCCGCCUGCAGCGCAGUUUUUACGGCGUGGACCUGGAGACAGACGCGGGACCUGUCCCAGUCAUUUAAAACCCUGCAAGACCGGUUGGAUGAAGUGAAUACACAGCGCAAGGCAAUUGUCCAACUACUCAUGGAGAAGAGAGAGUUGCUGGUGGGCCAAAGGGUGAAGAGAGAUGCGGGACCUGUGAACGGGAACGGCGGAAACAAAAGGAAAGUGGCUUCUCAGUUUGAGAUAACCAAGGAGUCCUUUCAGAAAGUGGGAUCCGACGGUUUGAUAAGAGGAUGGACAGAUUCAGACCAGUUGAAUAUGAGCAAGGCGGUGAAGUACAACGUAGACAGAGGCACCUUCACAGUGGAGAAAACUGGAGUAUACUUCCUGUACUGUCAGGUGUUGUUCAAUGAAAACCAGACUCAGGUGGUGAAGCUGGAUGUGGUGGUGUUGAAGGGGGGCCAGCAGCUACCCAAGCUGCAGUGCAGGGAGGGUUACGGGACCACACCGGCAGCCGGAUCCCACCAAUUCCACUUCCUGAAACCCUGCCAGGUGUCUGGCCUGCUGCGGCUGGAGAGAGGGGCAGAGAUACAGGCCGUCACGGGCCAAUCCUACAGCCUUAACACCAAUGGAAAGCACUACUUCGGUCUCUUUAAGGUCAACUGAACUGCCGGCGAGGAUGGAAAUGUUCUAAGGAAGUAGGGAAACUUCCUGAAAGGAAAUGUUUUGUCUUACACCGAACUGCGUUAAAGAGACACGCCCACGUGACAUUUACAGAUUGUUUUUUUUAUUGUGAAAUCUGAACCAACGAUCUGGAUCGUUUGAAGAACUUUGGCUCAUGUUACCUGCAAACACUCUGUACAACACCUUUUUUAUAGACAGAAAUGGAAGGAAGACUAUAUUAUGCACUAGACUCGACUAACUAGAGUUGCUGUUUCUGCUUUAAGUGAACCCUCAUGGAAUUGUUCUCUGGAUCAAUCGAUGGCGCUCCUUUAGAGUGAAAUUUGUCUGCCUGACUCGGCCUGAGAACAGCUGGGAACUGACCCAUGGUGCACCUCUGAAGAGCUAGGCUGGACCACUGGUGGGCUACUGAAUAAGGAUUCUGGGUAAUGAGGAGAAAAACAUACCAUAUGCUAUGCAAUCCUAUAUUAUCUCAGCAGCUGGAUUUUGAGCCUUGAAUGAAUAUGACUGUUUUUCACAUGUUAACGAUAUAUAUAAACAUCACUAGAUUCUAGCUAGGUUUCCAUCCAAUUGGCAACAGAUUUUAACACAAAUGUUCUGAACUCUUCAUAAACAAAAUAUGCAAAUGUUGCACCAGUGCAGUUAAGUGGUGCGUGAUGACAUAGUGCAGAUAAAAAGGUACUUUAUUUUCAUGGACCGAAUAAAAAUAUUUUAUUCGGUCCAUGAAAUGUGUUUAAUGUGUUUCUCAAAGGAUUUUCCAUUAUACCGAUAGUUAUGUAAGAAAAAAAAAGGUUAGGUAGCCUUGAUUUGCACUUUAGCUAACAGCUUCACAUAAAGUGUGGGUCAGCUUGCCUACUGUCCAUGAAGUAUUUUGUCAAACAGCAGACCAUCAUUAUCCUAUCACCAGAGAAGUAUCCCUUUACUUUUAUUGGAAUGGAGCAUGAUAGCAACUCCGUUUGGACACGCUGAAGAUAUGGAACAUAUUAAACCAUAGCCUAAUAAACUGCAUGGGAUCCUGAGAGGAAAAGAGGCCCACACGACAUACCACUGUGGGACUUAUAGUUUACUUUCAUAUGAUGGUUAUUCUAUUAAUAUUUUGCACGCAAAACCGUUUCUACCACCAUUUCUCGCAUUACUAAUUGUAUUGAUUUGAAAAGAUCCCACCUUAUCCUGCGGUUUGAUUUCUAAGUCUGGCCCCGCCUGCAUAAAAACGUUGGAUGGAAACCUAGCUCAUAUGACCUUGCAGCCUAGAGACUUCAAUACGAUGUGUCUUAAUCUGUAAAAAAAAAAAAAAAAAAGGUAGGCAUAGACACACUAGAACCAAGGUAAACCCAGACUUAACAUGUAGCCAUGAGCCAGAGCAGUCUUCCAUGAAGUGGGCUUGGACACCCGGGAAGUGGUGCGUCGGCUCAAGUGUAUUUCCCGUGUCGCUGCAUUGGAUUAAAACCUGGGCUGGAUUUGAAGGUAUGUGUUUAUCUGGAGAUUCACCAUGUAACCCCAUGAGGGUUUUCCUCUCAUUCCCAGGACUCCUACAUCCCGCCUGAUGUUAUAGAGCAGAUUAGAUUCAACAUUGGCAUUGAACGGUACCGGUACAGUACAAGGAAAUGCAGAAGGCUGCUGUGUGUUUCUAGCAGGUGGUCUUACUCCCGUUGAUAAGUAGUAAAGGGCACCUCGUUGACUUCUCAGCAAUGUACGCGUGCCAAAUGGCAAACGUCAUGUCAUACAAGUCCCAGCUCACCACAGACCUCAUUCCUUCUCAUUAGAUCACAAGGGGAGAAUGUAGUAUUGCAGUAUUUCCUGUUUGAUUUGCUAAUGCUUCCCCGCUUCCCUUUUGUUUUAACCUCACUUUACCCCUUUUGCACCUCACAUUCCCCAUUUCAGAACGCACUCAGCUCUCCAACUGUCAGAUCUUGAACCGAAUCGCUGAAAGCUCUUGAGGAAAAACAUGCCUGGAACAAACACGCACACGCACACACUUGUGAGGAGUUUUUGGGGACAAAAUGGAUUCCCAUUCUAAAGGCUAUUUCCUGCGGCCUGGCGUGGUCUGGCGUUGUGAGCCCAGUGUACGCCUGUGUCCUGCUGCAGCACGGCUCCCAGUCUGUCCCAUUCCACUGCCUUCUCAGCAAAAACCUUCCUAGAUUAAAAAAAAAACAAAUAAGCCAGAAAAUGUUUUUUGAAAACUUCUUUUGUCCUCACUUAUUUUCCGAGGCUCACUGUUCUUGCGAGGACUACGCGUACACACACCCACGCACUUCCCUACCCUGAAUUCCUAUUUUUCGAAAUGUCAAAGUUUAUUGCCGCCUUAUAAACCCUGCCUGUGUCAUGCCAGUACGGGGCUUAAAGGGAUGUUGUGUGGACAUGUUUGCGAAAUUGUCUGCAAUGCUGCUUGUACUAUGCUCACUUCCUAUAAAGUUGUAAACCUUUUAAAAUAUAUUUUCCCUUUAAAUUUCUCUGUCAAGUUUUCUUUUGAGUACAGGGAUUAAUACUGUACUAUAUGGCAGUAUGACAGAAAGCUAAUAGUAUUCCCUUCUAUCUUUCCCCAGCUUCCCCCAGUGACAUCACUAUAUUGCAGAAUAGAAUGCGUGGAACACUCUGACAUUCUAGUUCUUUAAUCAUGAAACACUGUCAGCUGGUGUUUCCACCAGUGAUUCAUACACGAGUUAAUAUAGUCAGGCUAGGAUAACCCCAUUUAUAGGCUGGAGGAAAGGCUCAUUCACAAAUCACCUGCAACACAUCCUGAAGCAGGGUCACUAUCCCAGUGUCCUGUGGCAUUGUAGAGUGGCUAGUAUGUCGUUCAGCUGAUGAUGUCAAUACAAACCAAAGAUAGUCAUUGUGAGUGCGUGUGCGUGUGCGCGCGCGUGUGUGUCUAAUGUAAAUAGAAAAUGUUCAUCCCAUGCCCACACACUUUUAAUUCUGAAAGUGUCACCCUGGUUAAAGCUGUAGGUUUGUUUAUAUAGUACCCCAGACUAGUCUGUGAGUUAAUUUGACAACUGGCAACAGGGCUCCUGUGUAAAUACCGCAAUCCAGACUUAAGUGAAAUUAAUACUCAUGUUUGGUU